AUGUCCUGCUCCUAUGGCACCAAUGUUGUUCGCGUUGGCAAUUUCAGCUCAUCCUCUCUUGCUCUUCCCAGGAAUGGGCAAAGCUUUGGUAGAGUCUUGUGUCGCCAACGUGGGUUGGGUUCCUUCAGCACCAGGAGCCUCAGCGGUGUAGCAUCCUCCAGGCCCAGAAUAGCUGUAGGAAGGUGCCCUCCUACAAGAUGUGGAUAUGGUUUUGGUGCUGCUGGUGCUGGAUUUGGCUGCAGAGGUGCUGGCUUUGGUUACAGGGUUGGUGCAUCCCCCGGGCUGUGCACCAUCGUACCCAUCACUGUCAAUGAGAAACUGCUACAACCACUUCAACUGGAGCUUGACCCCAACGUGCAGACCGUGAAGUACCAAGAAAAGGAGCAGAUCAAGACCCUCAACAACAAAUUUGCUUCUUUCAUUGAGAAGGUGCGAUUACUGGAGCAGCAGAACGAGGUGCUGGAGACCAAAUGGAGAUUUCUGCAGGGUCAGAAAUAUUGCAGAAACACCAUCGUGCCCAUGUUGGAGGCUUGUAUCAGGAACUUGAAGCAGCAGCUGGAAGCGCUGGGGUGCAACAGAGGCCAGUUAGAAACACGCCUGAAAGCAGCCCAAGAGGCUUUGGAAACCAACAAGAAAAUGUAUGAGGAUGAAUGCAGCCAACGGAGCUGCACUGAGAAGGAGUUGAUUGCCCUGAAGAAGGACGUGGACUGCUUUUUCUUAAACAAAGCAGAGCUGGGGGCCAAGGUGGGAAGGAUGGAAGGAGAGUUUGACUUCCUUAGGGUGCUCUAUGAGGAGGAGAGCCAUCAGCUGCAGGUUCACAUCUCAGACACGGCAGUGGUUGUGCAGAUGGACAACAGCCGGGAUCCUGAUCUGGAUGGCAUUGUUGCCAAUGUCAAGGCUCACUAUGAGGACACUGCCUGCAGGAGCAGGGCAGAAACUGAAGCCUGGUGUAAAGGCAAGUUUGAGGAGCUGCGAGUUACUGCAGGCAGAAAUGCUGAUAGUUUGCAAGAGAAGAAAAGAGAGGCGGCUGAGCUGACACGGAUGGUCAAGAAACUGAGUGGAGAAGUCAGGAGUGCCAAGGAGCAGUGCUGCAAACUGGAAACGGCCGUGGCUGAUGCUGAGCAGCACAAGGAAACAUCCAUCAAGGAUGCAAAGAGCAAACUCACCAAGCUGGAGGCGGCUCUGCAAAAGGGGAAGCAGGACCUGGCCCGGCAGCUGUGGGAGUUCCAGGAGCUGAUGAACGUCAAGCUGGCCCUGGACAUCGAGAUCACGACCUACAGAAAGCUGCUGGAGGGUGAGGAGAGCAGGCUCUGUGCAGAAGGAAGCAUCCCUGUCAACAUCUCUUUGCCUUCCACAGCUGUCUGCCAUUCCCAAGGAGGUCUCACCUACAGCCCAGAACCCAGUUUUGCUGGGUUGGCCAACGGAAGCUCAUGCAUUAGGAGUGGGAGCACCCACACGAAGGUUGUGUCCAUGGGCAAGUCAACUGUGUAA